AUGAGCGCGAGUGCCGAGUCCUCUGUGUCCUCGAGCGGGAACGCGCCGCUGCAGGCGCAACUUUCUAUUGACUUCGUCGUCGUCGGCGGAGGGAUCGCCGGCCUGGCGUGCGCGCUGGCGCUGCGGCGCGUGGGCCACAACGUGCAGGUGCUCGAGCGCGCGUCGUACGACGGUGCGCGCGGAAGCGGAGGCGUGCGCGUGCCCCCGAACCUCUCCAAGAUCUUCUUCCACUGGGGCCUCCGUGACGCGCUCCUCCGCACCGCCAUCGUGACCACGAAGCUCGACUUCGGACGCUACGAGUCCGGGGAGAACCUGGGGCAGCACGCGUGGGACGAGCAGCUGCUCAAGGAGAGCCGCGGGAGCUACCUCAUCCUCAGCCACGCCGACCUAUACGACGUGCUCUUCGACGCCGCCGUCGCGCGCGGCGCGCGCGUCCGCCACGGCUGCGCGGUCGCGGGGAUCAGCGCGGAGGGGGGCGCGGUCACGCUCGCGGGCGGCGAGGUCCUGCGCGCGGACGUCGUCGUGGGCGCGGACGGCGAGCACGGGCUCGCGCGCAAGGAGGAGUACCUUUUCACGGCGUUUGGGAGCGGCCACGCCAUCAUCGCGUACCCUAUGACGGGAAAGAUCGCGAUCCAAGUGUACGCCCCCGACGACGGGCGGGCGGGCCACUUCGGGGACGAGCCCUGCGUCGACCUCUCUGGCAUCGCGGACGGCAUCGGCGAGAUCUUCAAGCCCGCGAUCGCGUGCGCGCGCAAGGCGAUCGGGCCCAUACCGAUCAAGGACCACACCGACCUCGAGGACUGGGUGUCCGAGGACGGCGCGCUGGUGCUGAUCGGCGAGGCCGCGCACCCGUUCCCGCCGUCGACGAUCCAAGGGACCGCGAUGGCGGUCGAGGACGGCGCGGUGCUCGCGAAGCUCUUCUCGCACCUCUCCUGCCCGCGCCAAAUCCGCUCCUUCCUGCACGCGUUCCAGGAGCUCCGCCAGGCGCGCGUCCGCGCCGUCCGCGCGGGCGAGCUCCAGGCCACGUUCUUCAUGACCGCCGACGGGCCCGACGCGCUCAUCAGGGACGCCGCGAUGCGCGCCAAGGCCGCCGCGGGCCGCAACGUCCUCGACGCCGACGCCGCAAAGCACGGGGCGGAGGAGGAGGCGGUUCGGGGAGCGGCAGAGGCCGCCGCCGCCGCCGCCGCGAAGUGGGAGGAGUACAGGAUCGUGUUCGGGUACGACUGCGAGGACGAGGCGGACGACUGGUGGGUGCAGUGGGGGCUCCUCGGGGAGCGCGCGCGGGAGGGCACGAGCGAGGCGAGCGAUUCGGAGGAGGGCGCUGGCAGCGGCAGCGGGGCGAGGCGGGCGCCGGCGCCGCGGAUCGACUUUGCGAGCGCGAUGACGAGCGUGCAGGUCGUCGAGCACUCGUCGUCGUCGUAG